AUGGCAGAAGCAAUUCAAGCCGGAGUUCAAGCCGGAGUACAAGCCGCCUUCGCCGCAAACGCAGCAAACGCAGCCCACGUAGCUCAACCACAACGGCAACACCGCAACAACAAUCCCGUUUUUGAUGAGCAAGACGACGAUAUCGACGAUGAAAACCCAUUCGGAGAUGAUCGUCCACAUCGUCAACAACAACACGAUCGACAUAACCGGAACAACGAUGACUUACGCUGGACAUCGGGGUUAAAACUUGAGAUUCCCGAGUUCAAUGGAGGGUCGCAGCCGGAGGACUUACUUGACUGGUUUGUAACCGUCGAUGAAAUCAUCGAAUUCAAGGACGUUCCCGAACAGAAGAAGGUGCCUCUGGUGACAACACGUUUUCGCGGACACGCCGCAGCAUGGUGGAGCCAACUUAAGCUCUCCAGAACGCGUCGGGGAAAAGAUAAAAUCACCUCUUGGGACAAGCUUAAGAAACAUAUGCGGAAAAUCUUCAUUCCGUAUAGUUUUGAACGCCUAUUGUUCCAAAAGUUCCAUAACAUACGUCAAGGAUCCCGAUCAGUCGAGGAUUAUGCUAAGGAAUUCUAUCAGAUGCUUACACGAAUUGACGUGCACGACUCAGAAGAUCAGUUGGUAGCUCGGUUCAUAGCAGGACUUCGUCCUCAACUACAAAAUAUGCUACAGCAGUUUGAUCCUAGCUCGGUCUCGGAAGCACGCCAAAGAGCUUUAUUGGUUGAGCAACAAUCACGGGCGACCAAUAACCAAUGGCCAGUAAACUCACGAAUACGCACCACGACCCCCACCGAUGACACCAACACUUCUACAGGGCGUGAUACGACGGCUACAUCAACUACCGGACAACGGAACAACGCUCGUCCUACUGAAACUGUCACGCCGACAGCUGAACCUCGUCCUUCUCGCCCCAACGCUCUCCGUUGUUUCACAUGUGGGGAAAGAGGUCACAUACAGACGGCUUAUCCUCUUAAUAAGGGUCGUCGGGGUUUGUUGGCCAACGACAGAGAAAUCAUCGGCGAUCCAAUAUAUGACGAUGAUGAAGAACAGUUUGACGACGUCGACGAAGAGCAGGUUUACGGUGACAUUGGUACUUGCCUCAUGAUACGCCGGAAUUGCAUGGCUCCUAAAACCAACGAGGCCUGGCAACGCACGUCAUUGUUCAUAUCAACCUGCACGGUCAAAGGAAAAAUUUCUCGUUUUGUUAUUGAUUCAGGAUGCUCGGCAAAUGUCGUGUCCGAAGAAGCUGUUCGAAAAUUAUCGCUCACUCCCGAAGCUCAUCCUCACCCUUAUCGUCUGCUGUGGAUGCAAACCGGCGCCGAAGUAUACGUUUCUCAGCGUGCCUUGGUUUCUCUCUCUGUCGGGUUGUUUUACAAGGACACCUUGUAUUGUGAUAUUGCGACUAUGGAUGUCUCUCAUCUCAUCUUGGGACGUCCAUGGCAGUAUGAUCGGGAAGUUUUGCAUAACGGCAAGACGAAUACUCAUUCGUUUAUGUUUGAAGGGCGCAAAAUAACACUCUUACCUUCACCAGAAACGGAUAAGGCACCCUCGAGCACCACACAGCACACCUCUUCAAAGCAAAACUUGUUAAUUAUUUCUAAAUCACAGUUUGAAGACGAGCUACGUACAUGCAGCCCGAUAUUUUCCCUCGUCGCCUUGACCCCUCCUCCACCACAACAACUACCGUGUCCUCCAGCAUUCACCCCCAUUCUCAAAGAGUUUGAAGAUCUAUUUCCGGAGGAGCUUCCGUCCGGUCUUCCUCCUCUCUGA